AUGGAGAUGUAUUUGAUGAUACUGCAAACUCUCGUCUUCGUCGCGGCUUGGGGUGCUGUCGGCCGCUACGUUGAGACCCGCGGCCCCAUCGCAUCCGUCCGGAGCAUCACGCUACUCAACAGCCGAUUCUACUCCCUAGCGUCCGCGGCCUUGCUCGCUCUGAUACUACUCGCGCCUGCGUACCAGGACACGGCACGGCUGCUGUUUCACGCGUCCAAGUUCUACGAGUAUAUCGACGUCCUCGGGGUCCGGGCCGCGGGCGGCGAGAUCGACCUCCACUUCGGCUUCCACCACUUGACGACGCCGUACCUGACGUACUUUCGCGUGCUUCACCACCACGAGGGCUGGCGGAUCGUUGCGGGGCUGAAUACGUUUCACCACGUGUUGAUGUAUGCUUACUUUGGCGGCGCAGCGGCCCUCCGCUCGGCGCUGCCAGUGACGGGGACGCUUCAGCUCGUGGCGGGCAUCGCUGGGGAGGCUUGGAUGUUGACGAGGAAGACGAUGCACGACGAGGUGCCUCUGUGGCCGAAUGCAUUCACAUUGGGCCUCCUCAGCACGUACCUGGUAUUGUGGAUCCGAGACCUGAGGAUGAGGAGCUUCUUCUCCAGUGACCCUUUGGCGCCCAAGAGUCACCCCGAAGCUGCCGUGAAGCAAUCGUGA